CACAGGCUCCGGCGCCAGCCGGUGCUCUGCGGUGUCAUGCCCCGGGGCCCCGGGGUUGCGCCAGGCUGGGCGCUGGUGCUGCGAUUGCUGGCCCUGCUCCGGCCCCCCGCGCUGAGCGACGCGUGCAGCUGCGCCCCCGCGCACCCUCAGCAGCACGCCUGCCACUCUGCGCUUGUGAUCCGGGCCAAAAUCACCAGUGAGAAAGUCGUUCCUGCAAGUCUAGACCCUGCCGAUACCCACACAAUGAUCCGGUAUGAAAUCAAACAGAUAAAGAUGUUUAAAGGGUUUGAGAAAGUCAAGGAUGUUCAGUAUAUCUAUACACCUUUGGAUUCCUCCCUCUGUGGUGUGAAACUAGAAGCCGGCAGCCAGAAACAGUAUCUCUUAACUGGUCAGGUCCUUAACGAUGGAAAAGUCUUCAUCCAUCUGUGCAACUACAUCGAACCCUGGGAGAACCUGUCCUGGUUGCAGAGGGAAAGUCUGAAUCAUCAUUACCAUCUGAACUGUGGCUGCCAAAUCACUACCUGCUAUACAGUGCCCUGCGCCAUCUCGGCCCCCAACGAGUGCCUCUGGACAGACUGGCUACUGCAGCGGAAGCUCUACGGGUACCAGGCCCAGCAUUAUGUCUGCAUGAAGCAUGCCGAUGGCACCUGCAGCUGGUACCGGGGCCACCUGCCCCUCAAGAAGGAUCUGGUGGACAUCCUCCAACCCUAGGGACCAGUGUUCUGAAGACCAAGCCAGUUCUUCUCUGCAGAUCUCUGAUGGUCACCACUGCCUCAUCACCGUGGAUGGUCUGCCCGGGCUAAGGCAGGGAGAUGGGGCGAAUGACAGCUUGUAUCCAAGACUUCAGCCUAGAACUUAACACGGGAAAGGUCACUUGACCUUUCUGCCCUGUCUCCCCUGCCUUCCAGCCUUAUUUAGUCUAGCGUGUGCCUGUUACAGAGAGCUUCCCCAUGAUUCUGGCUCAGUGCAUUUGCCAAAGCCAGGACCAUUCCCUCUUCUCCCCAAGAUCGUGUGUUUUCUUUUGACUGAACUGGUUUGAUAAGGGAAAAAUGGCGAAUGUUAUAUAUA